GUGAGCGGCGGAGCGGUUAGCGGGGCGCCGCGUGCCGCCUGCCGCGCGCGGGGCGAUCGGCUCGCGGGGGCGUCCCGGGGGCGCGCGGCCCGCGGCGGGCGGGAGGCGGCGGCGGCGGCUGAGGAGGGGAAGGCAGCGGGGCCGGGAAGAUGAACCGGAGUUUCAACAAAUCUCAGAGUCUGCGGUAUCUAGAGUGCAGCGCGGUGGAAGUGAAGAGUAAGUUUGGGGCAGAGUUCAGAAGGUUCUCCCUGGAUCGCUACAAGCCAGGAAAGUUUGAAGACUUCUACAAACUAAUUCUUCACAUUCAUCAUAUAGCCAACCUGGAAGUGAUGAUUGGAUAUGCUGACAUGCAUGGAGACCUUCUCCCUAUUAACAAUGAUGACAACUUCUUCAAGGCUGUUUCAAGUGCUCAUCCACUGCUCAGGGUUUUUAUACAAAGACAAGAUGAAGUGGACUACAGUAAUUUUGGGACCAACACACUCUCAAGGAAGAAGAAGGCCCUGGUGACACUCCGCAAUGACAACCUCCGCCGGCGUCCUCACAUAAACAUCAGCAUGCCUCAUGAUUUUAGGCCAGUGUCUUCCAUAAUCGAUGUGGACAUUCUUCCUGAAACACACAGGAGAGUGAGGCUGUAUCGACAUGGGUGUGAGAAACCCUUAGGAUUUUACAUUCGUGACGGCACCAGCGUAAGGGUUACUCCUCAUGGACUAGAGAAAGUACCUGGUAUCUUCAUCUCUCGUAUGGUUCCUGGAGGCUUAGCAGAGAGCACAGGCUUGCUGGCUGUGAACGAUGAAGUUCUGGAAGUUAAUGGCAUUGAAGUAGCAGGAAAGACUCUCGACCAAGUCACAGACAUGAUGAUUGCCAACAGCCAUAACCUUAUUAUCACGGUCAAGCCAGCAAACCAGAGGAACAAUAUUAUUCGAAGCAGUAGGAUGUCUGGUAGCUCUGGCCAGUCGACAGACAGCACUGCUAGUCACCAUAGCUUGCCUACUUCUCAUGUGCUGCAGAACUUCCACCCUGAUGAAAUGGAGAGUGACGAAGAGGCUGACAUUGUCAUCGAGGGCGGUCUGGAGCCACAGCACAUUCCUAAACUGCACAGCCUUACUUCCAGUAGCCUCUCUCGAAUCAAUGGCAGCAGCCUCAGCCACAGACUGCAAAGGGACCUGGUGCUCAACAACAACUCUGGCCGAGAAAGCAAUGGCAACAUCCACAAAUUGCUCAGUUCCUUAAAAACUGAUCCCCGACACAGUCUGGUUAUCCCCAGAGGAGGUAUUGAGGAGGAUGGGACAGUCAUUACACUUUAGUAGUGAUUCCUGCAACUGUCCUUUCAGUCUUAAGUGCCAAUUGGGACGAUUGACUCUUGCAACAUGUUAUGCACAGAACAGAGAGCUGAUAUUCUCAUAGACCUCACGGGUGCAGAAAAUCCUGGCUUUCUAGGAAACAUGGCAUCUGCAGCUAAGACAUAAAACUGUCAUGCACUGCAGAAUUUGUCAGGAGAAAGCCAGAGUGUACAACCUGGCUUAUGUCCCAGCCCUAAAGUGAGAAUACAGAUUUGUUUUAGUUGGUAUAAAUCUAAGCAGUCUUAUAGGCUACCAAUGGCAGUGCUUCAUACUCGGGUUUGAAUGCAUGGGUGGAUGUAUUUAUACAUGCACGUAUAUGAAUUAGGUUUUAAUAGUAACAGACACGUCUAUUUCAAGUGGAAUCUGGCUUUCUUCUAAUACCAGUUUGAAGAGCGUGCGGCUUAAUAGCCAUCUGAUCUUCUGCUCUUAUAUACAGAACUUCCACUAACUUGUUUACACCAUAUUUGCAACCUUAUGUCUAAUUCAGACAAGCUCUAUAAAUGUAGCGGUUUCCUACUCCGGUGGUAACAACGUCACGGAGAUGCUGCCAAUACAUAUUCUAAAUUGUGUGUCUAUCUAUUUUGAAAGCCCAAGGCGGUGCUGUUUGAGGCUGUUGCUGUUAUUGCUGUGAGGUGAGCACCACCUCCUGGUCAGACAGGGCAGCCUGCAGCAAGGAACAGAAAACGACAAUAAGGGCUUAAAACUGCGUUCAGCACCGUUACGUGUAAAUGUAUUCUUUUUCAAUAUUUAUUAGAUUAUACCUCUCUUUCAAAUUGUCUUUUCCUAUCAUCUCUGGGGUUUGUUUUUUUGUUUGUUUUUUGUUUUGAUUAGUUGUUUGUUUUGUUUUUUCAAUAUCAUGGAUCAUGUGAAUUUUAGGAAUGCAAGCAGGAAGGCAACCAAAGUGGAAGAGGGUUCUAGGACUGUCCCCUUCACCUCAUAGCUGACACAAGUCCAUGCUGUACCUUUGGGGCAACCUAAAUCUGCAAGGUCUUCCCUCACAAAAGAUCGGCUGAUUCCUGUACAGAGGAGGGAUGCUGACUGUCAAACCUAACUUAGAAUAGUUCUGUUAUUUUUGGACUCUUCUAGUAAUAAAGCUUAAUGUCUACACAGGAUUUCUAGAAACUUUAAAGUAAACUGGAUGUUUGCCAUGGUCAGACGUCUCUACUGGAUGCUGGCUAGUGGGUAACCAGUGACUGAGUCGAUAACUGUCUGUAACUGUCUGCUUCUGAAAAUGCCAUGAAUAUACGAAAGCAGUCUAAUCUAAAGUAUUUUGUUACAUCUGGAUCAGUGUAAGGAACAAAAUAUAAAUGUUUUACAAUGUAUUUUUCUACUUUUAGCUUGUGUCAUUUUCUUUUUGUUUUUAACUUUGUAGUACAUUAAAGAUUUUUUUUAUAUGGUGGAAUAGACAUUUCUUAAAUAUAUUGUAUGGAUAUGAAAAUUCAGAAGUCUUGGUUUGGAAAAUUUACAUUCCAUUUUGGAAUCUGUAAUGGCUGGACAAAGGAUGCCUGGACUAAUUCAUUGUCACUAAUUUAGAAUACCUGUGGAACAACCAGUCUUCUGCUCAUUGUUAAAUAUAUUUGGGACAUUGAACUUAGUUUAUUUCUUUUAGAUUUGCUUUUAAAGUUUUAUUUUAAAAUUCUUUCACUUUAAUUAAACCUCUUCUAGGUAUCACAGCAGUUAGAGCUGUACUUACUUUUCUCAGCACAGUAAGAAUAGAACAUUGAUCUUGUUCAUCUUAAAACUGUGUUUGUACUUUGCCAAAGGUUUUCUUUUUUAAAAAAAUAUAAUACUGGUGCAGUAAAAAAAUUAAGAGCUGGAGGUGCUUCGGGCAAUCAGACCAUCUUAUCAGGAAAACUCUGUUACACCUUAAAUAAGACUACUUUUAUGAACAAUUGAUUUGUCUGUCUGAAGUUACUCACUUUACCAUAUUUAACUGAUGAAAAUGUGACCUGUCUGCAAUAAAAAGUGCACUGUCUUA